AUGCCUCGACGGUUUGUUGCCGAGUAUGUGACGAAACAUCUCUGUGGUGUCCGGGUGUUGGAGUCAUUUGCGGAAACCAGCACCGCUACGGGUGUCAUUGGGACGCAUAACGGCUCCUUUCACUGUGAUGAAGCCAUGGCAUGUGGAUUGCUGCGCUGUAGUCAAAAUUUUGGUCAAUCGAAUAUUCUUCGCUCACGUGACCCGAAUGCGUUGGAGCGGUGCAAUAUCGUUGUGGAUGUUGGCAGCGUCUAUGAUGAGGCGACACUGCGGUUUGAUCACCAUCAGCCGUCUUUUCAUGACACCAUGAAAACGCCAAAGGCGGUCUAUCAAACCCGGUUGUCCUCUGCAGGCCUUGUGUAUAAGCACUUUGGCCGUGAGAUUAUCCAGGGUUAUGUGGAAUCUGCAUUGGCAUCCCCGUAUCGCGUAAAACUGCUGGACGCCACGAAAUGGGGAACAGAUAAGAAGAAACUAUCGGAGCAGGAACUGGAUACUUUGUUUGAUAUUGUUUAUAAGAAUUUUGUGGAACACAUUGAUGGCAUCGACAACGGCGUUAAUGCCUACGGACCUGCAGAGACGGAGGGCGAGGAGGGCGCCGUCCCGGUCUCAUCGUCUUCACCAUCAUGUGUGAGGAAGUACAAUGUUUCUACGACGCUUUCAGCUCGCAUAGGAAAUCUUAUGCCAUGGUGGAAUGAAGAAGGGAACGGUAAAGUGGAAAACGAAAAUGCCGCCUUUCUGCAGGCAAUGGAGUUGGCAACAUCUGAAUUUUUUGACUCCGUUCAUUAUCAUGUCUUCGCGUGGAUGCCAGCGCGUGGGAUUGUCCGGGCGGCAUUUCUUGAAGCAAUGAAUGUGCAUCCUAGUGGCCGCAUUGUCGUCUUCAAGGAUUGCUUCUGCCCAUGGAAGGAACACUUGCUGGAGUUGGAGGGGGAACAUGGCAAAGUGGGCCACGUCCUGUAUGUACUCUUUGCGGACAAGAAGGGCUGGCGCGUGCAGGCGGUGCCCAAGGAGGCAUCAGGAUUUGAGAACCGCAAGUCGUUACCAUGGCGAGGUUUACGAGAUGAGGAAUUGAGUCAAGCAAGUGGCAUUGAAGGCGGCAUAUUUGUGCAUGUCUCUGGAUUUAUUGGUGGAAACAAAACGUACGAGGGUGCAUUGCAGAUGGCAGUGAAGGCGUUGACCGUCGUAAAUUGA